GAAAAGACGGGAAAGAGAAGAGAUUUCUUGUACAAAGCGCGUUGCAUGCAGUCGGUUAAUAUUGAAUUUGUAGCUGCCGCCGCCGUAAUUCUUCUCCGGGGUUCGGGAGGGACGAUCAAGAAUGAAGUUUGGGGAAACUUUUACGGAGUAUCUGGAGACGAAUCAAGGGAAGCUAAUGGAGAAAUUGUGCAAUGUGGAGUACAAACGUCUCAAGAAAGUGCUGAAAAGUUGCCGAUGCAGGGCUACUGAUGAUCCUUCCAAGGAUGAUGGUAGAGAAGAGGAAGAUUUCUCUCUGUGUUGCCGAUGUGAAACCUGUCCUUCAUGUGACGAAACAUUCUUCACCGAGCUGAUGAAGGAGGCUUCUGAUAUUACUGGGUGUUUUAGUGCCAGAGUAAGGCACCUUCUGCAGCUUCAUGUCCAGAGCAAAGUUCGAAGACACUUCAUAUUGAUGCGCUGCUGUUUUGCAAGCGCCCAACAACCAAGGACUCAAGACUGUAAGUUGUUAAUUGAAUAUGCUAUGAUGAAUGCUGUGGCCAUGCGGAAAAUCCUCAAGAAGUAUGAUAAAGUACACAGUUCCGUCAAUGGCAUGAAAUUUAAAUCUAGAAUGCUAUCAGAACACAUGGAGAUUCUUCAUACGCCUUGGCUAAUCGAACUCGGGGCUUUUGCGAUGAAUUCCAAGGAACAGAAUGGUGAAAAUUCAGACGAAAUGCUCAAUCCAUUCUCUUUCGAUCUAACUACAGAUCCCAAGAUGACUCUGAUUCUUCCCGAUUCUAUGAAACUUGAAUACAGUCUUACAUGUGCAAUAUGCUUGGAGUUGGUUUUCAAUCCAUACGCUUUGGGCUGUGGACAUCUCUUCUGCAAAGGCUGUGCUUGCUCGGCUGCUUCUGUAAUGAUUUUCGAAGGCAUUAAGGCUGCAAGUCCAGAAUCAAAAUGUCCCGUCUGCAGAGAGGCGGGCGUUUAUAAUAAUGCAGUGCACAUGAUGGAAUUGGACUUGCUCCUGAAGAAGGAGUGCAAGGAAUACUGGAAAGAGAGGCUGGUUGCAGACCGUGCCGAGACAUUAAAGCAAUCGAAAAUCUAUUGGAAUAUGCAAGCCCAGUACAUGAUCGGAUAUUGAAGCUGCGAUCCCAAAUAUUCUAAUCCCGUUGAAGUCCCGAGAUGGGUGAACUCUAGGAUUUUUGUCCGAAAGCUGAUACUACAUGGGAAUUGCUAUCUCUGCAAAUUAUUUCGAGCUUUACAAAUUCAUUCAUUCUCUAUUUUGUUCAAUUGCACAUAUGAGUUUUGAAAUUUGAAAGAAUCAUUACUUAUGUGGGUGCUUGUACAGUUUUUUUCGUAUUAAAAACUAUG